AUUUUAUUCAUCGAUACGUUGUCGCUGCAUGUAUAAUAAGACUAAACCAUACUGGCAUUGUAGGACAGAUCAAGACAAGUCAAAAUUGGGAAAAUUGUCAAAAUUGUAAAGAGAUCUUCAAGGUUUCGCUGUCACUUCCCCAACAACCGUCGGAUCAAAUUGAAUCAUCACCCCCAAUUCCCCAUUACCUCAUACCCCUUAGAAUAGAGUUUGGUUAGGUACUUUCCCAUUUUCCACCAAAGUCUCUUUUUUCGCAGCAUUUGAUACUAGGUACACUUUUGUCUUCUAGGUCAAGUAUCACGCAUAAUAUCUUGUUCACUUCACCAUAUCAUCGUAAUCAUCCAUAUCGUAUUAUACCCGUUUUCUCUUUGUCCCAUUUCACUGUUGAGAGGGACAGAGAGAGAGAGAAAGUACUAAUUGCCAACUCAACAAGAAAUACCCCUGCUCUUGCACUCGGACAGCGUCAACGAGUUCACCGCAUCGCCAAUUUGGUCUCGAACCCUGCGACUUAUUAGAUACGUGUCGAACGUUACAUCUUACGACUACAUCCGUUGAUUUCGUUCUCUUGUUAGUCGCGCAGCACCUGGGUAUCGAUUUACGCCUAUUUUGUCGCAACUACGGAUUGAACGUGACAGGUUAAAGUCCUUCGAGAGUACAGUCCCAUGGGCAACCGAGGUGUUCUUUCAUCUGGCGUGUAUCGCAGAUGACCUAGAAUAAAACUAUCAUCGCAAUGGGGAUAUUUGGCAACCUCUCUCCCGAAGGCACCAUCACAAUUGGUAUCCUAGUCGGCUUAAUAUCCACGAGCGUCCAGUCUCUCGGUCUCACUCUACAGCGAAAGUCGCAUAUGCUCGAAGAUGAAAAGUAUCCACUCGAAUUUCAGCGACCGGCGUAUCGAAGGCGAAGAUGGCAGUUGGGGAUGGGCAUGUUCAUCUUUUCCAACAUAGUCGGGAGUACGAUCCAGAUUUCAACUCUACCCUUACCAGUCCUAUCAACCCUACAAGCCGCCGGAUUGGUCUUCAACUCCGUAUGUGCGAGUCUAAUAUUGGGUGAACCUUUCACGCGAUGGUCUUUCUACGGUACCGCACUCGUCACCACCGGGGCGGCCUUAAUAGCGAUUUUCGGCGCGAUACCUUCUCCGGCGCAUAGUCUACCAGAGUUACUAGAUCUGCUCGGUAGAUGGCCUUUUAUCCUUUGGAUGUCACUCCAGGGUGUACUCGUUAUCUCAAUGGCAGUGGUUAUCGAUCUAGUCAACCAUCUUAGUAGCCUUGCGCAAAACGCUAGGUUCCGGUUAGCCCGCGGUCUCGUAUUUGGAUGUAUCAGCGGCAUCUUAUCAGCUCAUUCUCUGCUAUUCGCCAAGUCUGCUGUCGAGCUUGUUAUUAGGACAAUUACAGACAGCGACAACCAAUUCGUGCAUUGGGAGUCAUGGAUGCUCGUGUUUGGACUAGUUUCUCUGGCAUUAAGCCAGUUGUAUUAUUUGCAUCGUGGAUUGAAGUUGAUAUCCACCUCAGUAUUAUACCCCCUUGUCUUUUGCAUUUACAACAUCAUCGCUAUUCUGGACGGUUUAAUAUACUUUCGACAGACGGAUCUCAUUACACCUUUACACGGCGGGCUCAUUGCUCUGGGCACCGCCAUCCUACUCUCCGGCGUUCUAGCGCUGUCAUGGCGUCUUAGUGAUGAACAGCAUCCGCCCGCUGUCGGACAGUCGACCCUGGCACCGGGAUUAGGAUUACUAGAUGACACAGAAGGAGAGGAUUCGUCUCCUACGGAUACGGACUCGGUGGGCCUAGUUGAAGAAGCUGUGCCGGCUACCUACAACACCUUUGCGCCAGAUAUAGAGACCACGCCUGUCACGCCAGGUCGCAAACCUUCAAGCCGUUGGCACGAGCGUUCGGAGAUAUGGGACGAAUUGGAAGAUCAGGAUACACCGAGACCAUCCUUCACCAAAUCCCGAUCGAUUGCUGCGCCCGGCAGCGCCAUUAGCGAGAAUACGCCGUUGAUGGGCGAUAGGAGGGUAGUAUCAGGGGAAUCAAUAGCUUCCCUAACGACAGCUGAGCCUAGCGGGGAAUCCCCGAGGAGAAUUUUUCGGCGCCGGAGAAAAUCGACAGGAUUCCCAGGUUUUACGGCGCGCAAGCAUAUGCGGCGGAAGAGUUCGGCAGGUGCUGGGGUUCAAGAUGCCCUGGGCGGAAUUUGGAAGCUGAGGUGGUGGCGCGGGAAACGUGAUAACGGCUCAGAUGUGGCAGUAGCCAGCUCGCCAGGAGGCGAAAGUGAAAGGGGGCAGUAUCACGAUGAGCUAGAGGAUGACAGCGAGAGAAGGUAUCCUAAUCAAAGGUCACGACCGAGAAGUCCUAGAGGCGACGAUGCUGUUUAAUUAAGAGCUCUAACGGCUAGACUAUACAUCCAUUUAAGAUGGGACGCGCAAAUGAUACACAUAGGCAGGAUAGCCUUAGCAAUUUUUUUGACACAAAUAAGAAUUAUUAAGCCUAUCUCA